AUGUCGAUCCCAAGAAAGAUGGCAAGAAGGACGACAAGAAGGACAAAAAGGACAAGAAGGAGGACAGACAAGAAGGCAGCGAAGAGGCAGGCGACCGAGGAGGAGGAGAGACGAGGACGACGCCGAGGCGGCCGACGAGGACGAAGAAGUGGAGGAGAGAGCAAGAGCAAGGGCAAGAAGAAGAAGAAGGAGGUCAAGAAGGAGGAGGAGGAGGCCCCAGGAGGACCUCCAGAUAGUGCCGGACCUGGAGGCGGCGAAGGCCAAGUACGAGAGCCGCAGGAAGCUGCCCAAGAAGGACCCGACCUGCCUUUCUCCGAGAUGAAGGAGAAGGAGAACCGGCCACAGCAGGCCGCCAGGAGAGCGCCGGGGGCAAGAAGAAGAAGUUCGCCAACGUCGACGACGACGAGGACAAGCCGAAGCUCCAGUACCUCCCCUCCGACUCCGACUGAUCGCCGCCGUGCUGCCCGCCCGACUCCGCGGCGAGGCUUUGUGCACAUCGCCGCGGCCGAGGGGGAUGCCAGCUCCCUGGCAGUGGUGACGGACAUGCCCGCCUCGCGCCGACGCCGUUGCCAGAGACAUGUAGGCCGACCGGGCGAUGCUUGCCCGUUUUUGUUCUCGAAUCCGCUGAGUUUGCAUGGUUUAGCCCUCAGGGACAUCCGUGCUCUCGCAUCUGUGCCUCUAGCCAACUCAGUCCCCUCAAGAAAUCCUUCCUCGCCUACUUUGGCCACGCCCUGCUUUUCCUCCUAG